AGCCAGACCUUGGUCAGAUGGAAUUAACACUGUUCUACAGCGAAGCAAGACAAAAACUGGUAGUUACUGUGCACAAGAUCACAAAUUUAUUACUGAAAGAUGCAAGCGACAUUCCAGAUCCUUAUGUAAAACUGAAGUUGAUAACUCCAGAGACCCACAGUAUUAAACAUAAAACUAAGGUAAUUACUGAUAACUGUGAUCCGGUUUUUGAGGAAACUUUUGAAUAUUUACUGACACAAACUGAGCUAUCAAGGUCUAAAUUAAUCCUAACUGUAAAAAGUAAAAAGAUGUUCUUCAAUUCCAACAUCAUUGGGCAGGUAAUUAUAAACUUUAGAACUUUCCACGACCUGGAGGAGCCUUACAGAGAAUGGUUUGAAUUAGCGGAAGCUCGUGAUUCUGAUUAAAUAUAUAAGUACCUAUUUUUGUUUAUAUUGUUUUACUUAUUUUCAUAUGUGUAUAUUUAUUGUAUUUUACUAAUAAAUGCUA